AUGGGUAUCGGCAGCAAAAUUAAGAAAGUACUCACGGACGAGGAGCCACGCCAUCAUCAUGGCUCGGAGCAUCGCAAGGGCCCCGGAGCCUAUGCAAACGAAGACGUGCCUCGCAGCUUCAACCGGAUCGACAAGUACGGCAACAAUAUCGUGGAUCCCAGAGCCACAGGGGGAACCGAGUCACUUCCCGGGAGAAACUCAGCCGAUUACACCUAUGGCUCAUCCAGCGCAGCCGGAGCCGGUGGUCCUGCAGCGGCUGCGGGCGUCGCGGGCCGUCACAGCCACGAGAUUCCGGGUUCUCAACGAGAGCCUGGCUUAACCCGCAAAGGUUUGCCUAGCCAGACUGGAGCUAUUAGAAAUGGUGGUAAUGUUCUUCGCAAAGGACAACAGCAACAACAAGACCCCUACUGGGGAGACGCCGAGCGAGCGGGUGCGGCGGCAUCUGGUCCCGGAGCGGGUGUACUGGGUACCUUUGACCGUCCCGGUAAUCUUGACCGCCCUGAUAACAUGCCAGCUAGCGAGAUUAACGCAAGAUACAACAACAUUCCGCCCGGCGAUGGCAUGGGCUCAGCCGGAGCGCCUGUUAUGCUGCAAGGUGGGAGACAAGAAAAUCUGGGAGGUGAUAUGCCCAGUAGCGGCAUGACUGGCAAUCGGAUGGCUGGCAGUGGCAUGACCGGUGGUAUGGCCGGUGGUAUGGCUGGUGGUAUGGCCAGUGGUAUGACCAGUGGCAUGCCAGGCAGCGCGACAGGUGGCCCGUCUGGUCGUGGUGAGUAUAGUACUACUCCAAUGAACACCUCGAUGGCUCCAGGCGGGGCUUCCAACCUGCCUCAACGCCCCAUGGAGUCUGGCAACACUUUCCGUGACCAGAAGAUGAAUAACUACGACACACCAAUGGGCGGUUCUGAUCGCGGCAUGGGCGGAAUCGGAGCUGUUGCGGGUACUGGCGCAGCUGCUGGACUUGGUGCUUCUCAAAUGGCCAACCGUCAACAAGAGCAAGAACUCGGUGGUGGAAAACCUCGAUACGGCAACCCGCAAUACGUCAGCAGACUGGAUCCAGGAAGCCCCAACAAGAUGGAUACGGGUGCUAGAACAAGCAUGCUGGAUCCCUAUGGCACCGGGCAGUCAGGAAACGACCAGGGCGCAGGAGUUGGAAACGAUAUCCCCAUUCGCCUUCGCGAUGAUAUUCCAUCCGGCCAGAGUCCCGGCCAGGGCAUGACGGAUUCCUAUGCCCAAAGCCGCAAUCAAGCAUCCCGCAACUCCAUGGGCACCGGCAGUCCGGCGCAAGCGUCGGGCGGCAUGGGCAACAUGCGUUCUUCCGAGACGCCUCUUGGUCAAAAGUCUCAAAUGCGUGAUUCGGGGCUUGGACAAGGCGACGAGGAUCUCAACAACAACAACAACAACAACCGCGGCUCUCAGUACGGCCUGAGACUGAAUCCACCCGAGCCCGACUUGGGCAAGGUGAUUGGCCCCAGCGGUGAACAUUACGGCCCCGGACACCAAGGCGCCAAGGUCUUUCACAAGUGCUACAAUUGCGGUGUCGACAACGACAUCUCCCGGCAUUUCCGCAAGGACGCCGUGUACCGCAUGGGAUGA